CGGUGAUGGUCAAACUGUAGCUCAGAGUACAGGCGGAUCAAGACGCUCGUUCCCCGUGCUCAAAGUCUGACGUGACACGGCCGACAGUUCGGUAAAAAAAGUACGAACACAUCCCACACUUGGCACAGAUAUCGGACCAUCAUGGACCCCUGGACGAUACUCUCAACGAUAUUAGUCGGAGCAGUGGUCCUAUACUUGUUCUACGUCAGGAACUAUUCCUAUUUCAAGAGGCAUGGUAUCCCUUACGUUACGCCGUUGCCGAUAUUCGGAAACAUGGCGAGAGUGGUUUUCAAGAAGGAAUCGAUGAUGCACGCGAUACAAAGGACCUACAAACUCAAUCCUGACGCGAAGUACGUCGGUUUCUACUACUUCGGAACUCCGGUUAUUUUGCUGAGGGAUCCCGAACUGCUGAAACUCAUCGCCAUCAAGCACUUCGACGUUUUUCCAAACCGAAAAAUGUUCGCCGAUUUUCCGGCGGAACCCUUGUUACAAAGAACUCUGUUCACGCUGCAUAAUGACGAGUGGAGGACCAUGCGAUCGCUUUUGAGCCCGGCGUUCAGCGCCGGUAAGAUGAAAAUGAUGUUCGAGAUAGUGAGAGAGUGUGGAACCAAUUUCGGCGAGUACAUGGCGAAUCGGCGAGUGCAACCUGAAGGUUUCGACAUGAAAGACGUUCUCAAAAGAUACACCCUCGAUGUGAUCGCGUCUACGGCGUUCGGAUUAUCCACAAAUUCCUUGGAGGAGCCUGAUAACAAGUUCUACGAGGUGGGGGUCAAAGUCACUGAUUUUUUCAGUUACCUCCAGAUCAUCAGGGUUUUCAUAUUGAGGAGCUUUCCCAGCGUAGCUCGGUUAUUCAACAUUAAAUAUGUCAACGGUGAAUCGGUGAAUUUCUUCAAAAAUGUCAUGAAGAACACCAUAGAAACACGCGACAGAGAAGGAAUCGUCAGACCAGAUAUGAUUCACUUAUUGAUGCAGGCGAGAGACAAGCAGGUCAAAUGGACCCCGUCUUUAGACGAUAUGACCGCCCAAGGAUUGAUGUUCCUCAUGGCCGGACUGGAAGGUUCGACGGCGGCGAUGUGCUUCGUCGCCCAGAUCCUUGCACUAGAACCCGAAGUUCAGACGAAACUGCACGCUGAAAUCGAUGAGGUUCUGAAAGAGAAUCCUGAAAGAGUGUCUUACGAACAAAUAAACGCGAUGAAGUACCUGGAAGCUGUGAUCAGCGAGAGCCUGAGGGUGUUUACAACUAAUUUCCUAGUGGAUCGAGUUUGCACCGUAGAGUUCACUCUACCCCCCGCGUUACCCGGGCUCCAACCACUGCGAAUCCAACCCUCGCAAAACCUUUGGAUUCCGAUAUAUUCCAUACAUCGUGACGAAAAGAAUUUUCCAAACCCGGAUAAAUUUGACCCGGAACGGUUCAGCGACGAAAAUAAAAGUAACUUCAACUCUUCGGCCUACAUUCCCUUCGGAUUGGGCCCUAGAAUUUGUGUCGCGAGUCGUUAUGCCCUAAUGCUGGUUCAACUUACGAUAUUUAACUUGCUCGCCAAGUGCGAUUUGCUACCAGGCACCAAGACCCAUCCCAGAAUCGAGUACAAAACCGACGCUUUUGCCCUAGAGCCCGAAGGUGGCUUCUGGUUGAAAGUUCAACCAAGAAAAUGAUGUGCUACUGCGGUAACAAAACUAGACUGAAAAAUAAAAAUUUUCAUAUUCGUUCAUGGAUAUUCCAUUCCCACCUGUUAGAGUAGGUCAAUGAAUUUUGAUCGUUUAUUCCAAUGGACAUCUUUGGUAUCGCAUGAAGAAAGAACGAAGAAGAAAUGAUUCGCGGUUGUACAAGUUUUGGAUGAGGAUUUUCCCAAAUUUGAGAAAGAAUAAAAUGAAAUAUCACGAUAUAUGCGAUUCCUGUGGUGCGGGGAACCCUUUUUAUUAGGUAAACUAAGGAAAUAAAGUUCUAUAAUUUCCUCAGGCUUUCAUGGUGAUCACGAUGACCUCUCAUUUCACAAAGCUAAUCCGUAAGACGUUCGCCAAAAAGGGCCGCCGAGAGUUCUUUCCUAAAGGGCGGGAAAAUUUAGCUGACUGUUGACUUAGGAAUUACGAAGGAAAAUAUUACUUUAUUACCCAUGCUCAAUGUUUUCACAUCGGCUCCGCUUACUCUCAACUCAUCAUCCAUGGAAAUGAAUGAAUUUUGAAUCCACCCUUUAAAUGGACGUGCAUGACAGUAGCGGGUGAUUCCACAAUUCAAGUUUCCUCAUUCUAAUGACUACGCUACUAUCCGGGAACAAAUUCAACAACAUGUUACCAUGAUGUACAAAUCUGUACGUAAUGAAAAAAAUAUCUAAAAAGAAAAUUUCUUCCCAUUACAAUGUUCGUUGCUGUCAUGUAUCCACGUAUUUAUAAUCGGAAAUUAUUUUUUUUCUCGCACCGCAAACUUUUCAACAGAGAACUGGCAUUCUCGAAUUUUAUAACAAUUUUCACACAAUAUCCGAAGUAAAAAUGAACGAAUUUCACGAGCAAAGAAGGGGAAACAUUCUUUUGUCUCCGGAAUCUCAUUCAAACUUUGUCGUCCAUAUUACAAGAAUAAUUCAUCAUCGCACCUGUGUGAUGUUGAAAAUGUAUUACCUCGUUAACACGUACACAAUGUAAGCUAAUUUUCAUUAUUAGGAAAAAAGAAAAACAAACGCCGCAGUAAAACCAAAUCCUGAAUAAUUUAUUCAACAUGUUUUAAGACAUGAUCUUUCUAAUUUUAUUAUUUCACUCACGUUCUCUGCCAACAAUUAGUUGGGCGAGGUGAACGUCCUCGCAGAUAAACCUGAACUUUAUUUUCUCGUACCGGAGAUGAACUAUGACAAAGUGUAAAGAAUAAUAUCCGCGAAAAGUCUUACACCAAGGGAUUCGGCAUCCCUGUAGAUUUCCAAGAGAUAAUUACAUGAUCCUGUUAGGUCCUCCAAGAUAGAACGACAACGUGGACCAAGAUAUCCCUCGAGCAAAACUUUGUGUCUUAUCAAACGUCGAAUAUACUGAACCAAGAUAAAUCGUCAAAAAUAUUUCUUUCAACCGCGUCCGGGUUAUCUUAGACGGGAAAUCUUCGGGAUACGAACAUUCUUUUGGGCCUUCCUAGUCCGCAAAAUAUAUCGCAGGAUUUUCCCGCAGGAUGAGAUAUGAAAAACAAAGAAUAAUGCCUCAACGUUAGCCUUCUCCAUCAUCCGAAACAUACUUGAUGCCUGGAAAUGAAACAGUAAUACGAGUAGUUUCGUCCCACCGGGUCACUCCCUCGGGUGUGUCCACCUGUCAAGAUCGAAAGUGGGUGUAACGUGAAAAAUUAUAAAGAGGAAAAUAGAAACGAACCGAAAAAUAACGGGAAGAAAAAUCAAAGAGUCGCAAACUACGCGGGCGUGCAAGGGGGUCCUACAAAAAUCGAACACAAAUCCGAUUGCCGUUUUGCUUUGCGUAUCAAGUGUAAUGUCGAAUACAAAAGAAUUCCUUGGGGAAAUAAUACAUGGACCUCUUGUG